GUGCUCACAUUACUAAGCUCACUCUUAUUUUUUUCCUCAUGUGUAUUUUCAUCUAAAGAAGAAAGAAAAUGGCUAGGUUUUCUAAAAGCAAUCAAGAUGAAGAAUUGUUGGAUGAUGAUGAUCAAGACCUCCAUACCGUCAACACUUCUUCCGCCGCUCUCAACAUCAACAACAACAAUGUAAAGGUGGAUGAACCUGGCAGAGGGAAAAGAGCGAACCCUCAUCGUUCUAAGCAUUCUGAGACUGAGCAGCGUAGAAGAAGCAAAAUUAACGAAAGAUUUCAGGUUCUGAGAGAUCUUAUACCUCAAAAUGAUCAAAAAAGAGAUAAAGCUUCCUUUUUGUUGGAGGUUAUUGAAUAUAUCCAGUUCCUACAGGAAAAGUUACAAAUUUAUGAACAUUCUUAUGAAGGAUGGAAUCAGGAACCAAGUAAAUUAAUUCCAUGGAGAAAUCAUCACGGACCUGCCGAAAACACUAUAGAUCCUUCUCGAGCUAUUCCAAAUGGGUCUGAUCAUGAAACACGUAACAAUGUCUCUCUGUCAUUGCCUAAAAACGUACAGAACGCAAUAGAACCUGUCCCCUCCACAACUAUUCAGAAGGGUUGCACCCCUGGUUCAUCCGCAGAAGCCGCUCCUCUGACAAUGCAAAUGCGAUUGGACAUGUUUGAUCCGGUUGUUAGCAGUGGUAUGGUGACUCAACAGAUGCUGGAGUUGCCUGUAUCUAAUGCUGACAUGGCUUCCAAUCUCCAGCCUCAAGUAUGGCUUAGCAAACCAAACAAUGACGACUAUACUGUUCCAGAUAAUACAUUGAAGGAAGAAGAGGAGCUGAAAAUUGAUAGUGGGUCAGAAUCAGAUAGCAUCUCAAGUGCCUACUCUCAAAGAAUAUUGGGUACUCUCACCCAAGCUCUACAAUCCUCGGGUGUAGAUUUGUUGCAGACCAGUGUUUCGGUGCAAAUUGAUGUUGGUCGACGUUCAAUUACUGGGUUAACCCCUUGCCAAUAUAGCUCAAAGGGUCAUGAAAAUCAAUAUAUGAGCAAUCAAGCAAUGGCAUGUGAUUACUUCAGUGAGGAUUCUGAGCAAAGUCCAAAGAGGUUUAGAAGAGAAGCUAGCUAGUGAUUACUUCAGUGAGGAUUCUGAGCAAAGUCCAAAGAGGUUUAGAAGAGAAGCUAGCUAGUGAUCUCUUCUCAUGUUAUUAUUUUUUGGUGGCAGGUUAUUUUUGUCAUGCUGGCUAGAUCUAGAUAAAAUGUAUAUUUUCAUGAUUCUGGAAGUUUUGAAACAAUGACAUUUUGAAAUAAGCUUAUGGAAGAGCUUAUUUACAACUUAUAUGGAGUUAUGAGACCAUCAGUUGUGUGUAAGUAUUUGGAAGAGUUUAUAAUAACAUGUCCUUGAUAGGUUAUUGAGAGUAAAAAUCACUCUUUUUAGUCUUUUCGUUCUC